UCUUACCAUGUGAUCCAGCAGUCAUGUUUCUUGUUUAUCCAAAUGAGUUGGAAUAUGUAGGUCCACACAAAAACCUACACGUGGUUGUUUUAGAACAGCUUUAUUUGUAAUUGCCAAAACUUGGAAGGAACCAAGUUCCUUCCUUCAGUAGGUGAUGGAUAACCGUAGUAUAGCCAAACUGUAGAAAUUAUUCAGUGGUAAAAAGAAAUGAGCUUUUAAGCCAGUGAAAAUGGAGGAGGUUUAAAUGCCUGUUACUAAGUAAAAGAAACCAAUCUGAAAAAGACAUACUGUAUGAUCCCAACUAUAUGACAUUCUGGAAAAGGUAAAACUAUGAAGACAGUAAAACAAUCAUUGGUGGCCAGGGAUUGGGUGGUGGGCAGGGAUGAAUAGGCAGAGUACAGGAUUUUUAGGCCAGUGAAAAUCUUCUGAUGAUACUGUAACAGUGGAUACAUGUCAUUGUAUGUUUUUCAAAACCAGUAGAAUUUACAACACCAAGCGUGAACGCUAGUAUAAAACUAAGGACUUUGGGUGAUAAUGAUGUAUCACUGUAGGUUCAUGAAUUGUGACAAAUGUAGCACUCUGGUGGUAUAUUGAUAGUGGGGAAGGCCGUUCUUUUGUGGGGACAGGAGGUAUAUGGGAACUGUCUGUAUCUUAUGCUCAGUUUGCAGUGAACCUAACAUGAGUCUAAAAAGUAUUGUUAGAAACAAAAAAAAGCAUCAUCUUUUUUUCCUUAACUGCAUCUAUAUGAUUUACCUAAUUAGAAAAAAAAGGCAUGCCUCAAUUAGAUUUAUAUUGACUGUCAUCCAGACUGGCCAGGGUAUGUCUUUUGGUUUACGUUACUGAUGACAUUGUCAACUGCUUAUAAAGACGGAUCACCAUCGAAAGAGUGAUCUGUCUAGAACUAGAAAGAAACUCUGAGGGUCUUUGUGUGGUGGCUGCAUCCUCAAAGAGUUGGCUUUGUUAGCUUUUCCAUCUGUUUGGGUCUGGGGAAGUAUUGGAGAGAAUUUAUACCAGAAAAGACUGACUCCUGUAUUUCAGAGAGGAAUUUAUAAUCAGAAAAUGAUGGUUUAUCUGACCACAGGCAUUUGGGGGGAGGUUUCCUUACUGUGGGCAUAGAAUUUCUCUGUUUUCAUAAUUCAGAUGUAACGAUCAGAGGGGACUUGCCUAACUCUACCAUUCAUAGGUGCGUUUUUCCGCAUUUAGACCAUCGAGAGGACAGCAUAAGUAAGUAAAUAUAUAACAACAAAUUUCAUGAGGGACCUGAAAGGGCAGUAGUUCUGUUUAAGUCAAGGCGGAGGGCAAGGGAGAGGCUUACUCUGGUUGGAGUUUAGUGAAAGUGUCUCUGUAUAAUUGAGAUGCAGACUGAAACUGGAGGAGGAGGAGUAUGGGGCAGGACGUUCGUGGAUGGAGGUGGAAAUGAAGAAUGACACCAGUGGCCAGUUUAGAAAUAAUAGCAGUGUGUUCGUCGGAUGGAUGAAGGCAUUUACAAUACCAACACUCAGAUGGAGCCAUUAGCUAAGAUUCAGACAGAGGAGGAAUACAUUUGAUGUUUCGAGCGGUGGAGUUACUGUCCUGGGAAAUAUUUCAUUUUAGGUGUAUGUACGUUUGCAGGCAGAGGUGAUCAUUCAGAAAUGGAAUCCAGACAAGAAAUUGGUUACUUUCAAUUUAGGGACAGCAACAGAAAAAAUGUGGAGCAGUUGAAGAAAUGCGUGAGCCUACCAGGACAUGGUAUAAAAGGAGAGCAGGAGCUCACGUGAAGUCUCGAGACAUUCUGACAGGAUUGAGGAAUUCUUUGCAGAGGACAUGGGAGAAGGACCGAUUGUAGAGGAGACUUAAAGUGUCGGGGGAGCAGAAUGAGUGCCAUUGAUCUCUCCAAAUGGACUUUGCCUGCUUAGUGCUUGGACUGCCAGUGAGCGAGGACCCAGAGAAAGACACCUGCACCUGGGUUAUUGACAAUGCAGCCACUGGAAUCAGUGACAUUUGAAGAUGUAGCUGUAGACUUCACCCAGGAAGAGUGGGCCCUACUGGAUGCAUCCCAGCGAAAGCUGUUCAGAGAUGUGAUGCUGGAAAACAUACGUCAUCUGGUCUCCCUGGGGUACCAACAUUGCCAGUCAGAUGUGAUUUUCCAGCUGGAGCAGGGAGAAGAGCUGUGGGCUGAAGGAAGCGGAUCUCUCCAAAGCCAGGGUCCAGGUGGGGAAAGUGCCCUUAAAGAACAAGACAUGAUAGCCCCACAGCGUAUCAGCAGCAAGGACACAUCUACGGUCACACCAGAGCAGAAGUCUCCUUCACCAGAGGAUCCCUUUGAAUGCAGUGACUUGGAAGAAGAUUUCACUCGCAGCUUCAUGGUGACUCGGCGUCUGUUGACUCCCACAGAAAAGACCCCCUGUGUCAGUAAACAGUGUCAAAAAUCCGCUAGUGAGUCGUACCUUAAUCAACACAAGCACCUUCACACUAGAGGUAGAUCAUGUGAGUGCCAUCUGUGUGGGAAAGCCUUUAGCAAUUGCUCCAGCCUGAGGAGACACGAGAUGACGCACACCGGAGAGAAGCCCUACGAAUGCCGUCUCUGUGGGAAUGCCUUCAUUCAAAGCUCUGACCUUAGAAAACACAAUCUGACUCACACUGGAGAGAAACCGUACGAGUGUCACCUGUGUGGGAAAGCCUUCAGCCAGUCCUCCAACCUCAGACAGCACGAGAGAACACACACGGGGGAGCAACCGUACGAAUGCCACCUGUGUGGGAAAGCCUUCAGUAAAUGCUCUGCCCUCAGACGGCACGAGAGAACGCACACUGGGGAGAAACCGUACGAGUGCCACCUCUGUGGGAAAGCCUUCAGUCAGUGUUCCGCCCUGAGACGACACGAGGGCACCCACAACGGAGAGAAAAUUAGGAAUGCCUUCGGCAAAUGUCCUGACCUCACAUGACCCGCGUGGCACGACUGUCACGAAGGCGGGCGCCACGUCCACCACAGCAGUUAACACUGAAACGCGCCACAGGACUCGCACGUCGUUCGGUCUCAUUCGUCGGACUCACGCAAACUUCUCUGGGAGAAAUCCACCGUGUGCCGUCCACGCGGCAAGACCUUCGGUCAGUGCUCCGACCACAGGCGACACGAGCGCACUCACCCUGUAAAUGCGAGGAAGGGACAGGUUUGCAGCCACGGCUCUCAGCCUCGGCACCUCCGCACGGGAGAAGCCCGAGGUCGGUAAUCACCGUGCACGCCGCUCAGCGGGCACCAGGCCUGCGCCCAAGAAAGCUCAUGAGGUCUGAGUAGACGCUCGCCCCAGAUGGAAGAGGAGGAACGCUCUUGAGGAACACCAAAAGUCACACCGCGGUGAAGACUUACAGGAACCCUUUGGCUCACAGAGAAGCCCCGUGGCGCAUGUGAGGACACAGACCCUACAGAGCAGUGUCACCAGCAGAGGAGAAUCCAGUGGUCACUCCCUUCUUAGCCAACGUUAAAGUUCUUACCCUGAGGAGACAUCAGUCGUGAAACCAAAGCGGAGGUAACUUCAGCUAGAUUUCACAUCAGAAAAAUAAGUCGGGGGACAAAAACCUCUAAAAGAGACUUUUGACGUAGAAUUUAGCAAAUAGUUCAGGAUUUUGAGAAAAUAUUCAUGGGGAAAAUGUGGCAUGUAAGUGCAGAAUAGUAAGGUGAUCCGGAAUACUGAAUGCAGAAGUUUGUAAGAAAUUAAAUUUUUUCAAUAGAUUAUUACUUGUAAAUAUUUAAACAAUAAACCCUGUUGUUGAAAGAUCUAA